AUGUCAGAUUCAUCGUCAGAAAAAAAUCCACUGUCAUCACCUUUAGACCGUAAAUGGUCAAUUGAAAAUGAAAUCCAGCUUUUUAGUCUAGUUUGUGAUUAUAAACCUGCGGGUCAUAAGAAACAGGAAAACAUUAAAAUGAUAAUAAAUAAGGUAAACGAAUCAUUAACGCCUGAAGAAAAACCAUUUACUGAAAAGGAUAUAUGGCAGAAAUUGGGAUCACUAUACAAUUUGUCAAGAAUUGAUCAAAUUGAAGAAUUACUGAGUGGUAGUACUAGCAGUGGUGAAGAAAGUAGCACAACCACUAAGAAACAAGAAGAGGUGAAAAUAAAAGAGGACAAGGAAGAGGAAGAGGAGGAAGAGGAAGAGGAGGAAGAGGAAGAGGAAGAGGAAGAAGAAGAAGAAGAAGAAGACUCAAAUGACUCAGAAGUUUCCGAGAAAACUAAAGAAGUUUCAGCAUCAUCAGCAACACCUUCAUCGAGGAAAUCAACUACUCCUGAACCAAGUCAACGAAAAACAAGAAGUGUAAGAGACACUACUAAGACACCUCGUGGAUCACGAAAGGGAGCAAAAGAUAAUGUCAAAUCUGACAAUACAGAUGACAGUGAUAAAGUAGAGGAAAUAGAGAAGGAUGGGGAAAGUUUAGCAGAAGAAGUAAAAGCAAGUCUGAAUCAAGAUAAUUCUGAUGAUUUAAAAACAGAAACUCCGGGAGAAAAGGAUGAGAUGGAGGAUGAAGAAAAAGAAGAAUCGCCAAAGGAUGAUCUGACUGAGAAGACCAAUGCUCUGUCAGAGAAUGUUGAACUGGUAACUGAUGAAACAAAAGAAGCAAACGAGAAGGAAGACGAUAAAGAGAAUGGAAAUGAAGAUAAGGAAGUACUGUCAGAUGAAGCAGAAGAGCUGGAGGUUGUGAAAGAAAAUGAGAGAGAAGGUGAUAACGAGAAAGAAGAAGAAAAGGAAAAGAAAAAUAACGAUGAAAAGGAGAAAGAGGAAGUCGAUGGAGAAGAAGAUGAGGAAGAGGGUGAUGGAGAGAAUGAUGGAGAGAAUGAGGAAGAGGAAGAGGAAGAAGACGAAGAAGAAGAUGGCGAGGAAGAUGAUGAUGAUGAUGAUGAAGACAAUGACGAUGGAGAGGAAGAAGAGGAGGAAGAAGAGACGCCAGAACCUGUUCCAGUGCCUAAACGUACAAGAGGUAGAAAAUCAAAAGCAGCAGAGGAGAAACUUCGAACACCACCCCCUGCUACCAAGAAAAGAACAAGGCUGACUGUGAAAUUUGAAGAAAAACCAACCCCAGCAUCAACAAGAAAGAGACGUGCACCAGCUGGAUCCGUAUCACCACAACCACCUCCAAAGACACGUAGAAGAACAAGAUCCGAAACCCAUAGUCACGAUAAUGAACGAUCUGAUGAUCACCCUGAUACUGUUGAACAAGAAGAACUGAAGCCAGUUACAAGGAGAUCUAGCAGAAUUUCGAAUGAAUCUAAAGUAAGACGUAGUACUAGAAAAAAGUAA